CCCCAGAGACCUUGUGCUCAUUUUUCUCAUUCUUUGUGGACUGGGACCCUGCAGGGUAUGCCUAGUGACAGUCCCAUCUCUGUCUCUGUGGCCACAAGUCACGUCCUGAGCUUUCCCUAUGUGGAGUUCUCAUCACGUGACUAGAAUGUCCUGCCCCCUACCACGGGUUGGAGGAUAGUGUGGUCACUGACGGUGGUGGUUGUAGGGCUCCGGCGCUGGGGUUUUGGUAGCAGACUCUCCAGAGUGCAGAACCGGGAGCUAGGGCUUGAGGACUCUUGCCUAGGGUGAGGCUCACGAAAGUGCCGGCUUGGGCCAGGAGUGGCAGUGCAGGCCUUCCCCCGCCAGCUCGGCUCUGUGCAUGUGAUGGCGGCCCCAGCUUUGUCCUGGUGCCUGCCCCUCCUGGUCCUUUUGUCCUUGACAGCUCCUUUGGUGUCUGCAGCGGUGAAAGGCAUUUCUCAGCUCGGAUGCUUCUAUGACUCUAAAGCCAACAUCUCCUGCCUGUGGAGCCGGGAGGAGGGCCUGCAGAACACAUCCUGCCACAUCCGUGCCCAGUCAGACAAGCGGUCCUGGAACCAGACCUGCCCCAUGUUCACAGUGAGCCCGACCACCUCGGCUUGCAACCUCGUCCUCGGACACCCGGAUUCCCAGGAGCUGACCGCAGUGGAUACCAUUACUGCCCGUGUGGUGUGCUGGCAAGGCGGCCAGUGGCGGCUGGUGCUGACCAAGAGCUUCAAGCCCUUUGAGUACCUUCGCCUGGUGGCCCCCACCUCCCUCCAAGUCACCUAUGUGGACACCAGCAGAUGCAAUGUCACCUGGCACCUCGUCCAAAUCUCCCACUACAUUGACGCCCACUUGGAGCUUGAGGUUCGGAAACGGUUGCAGGGCCACAGCUGGGAGGCUACCCCGUUGAAUCUCAAGCAAAGGCAGCAAUGGAUCUUCCUGGAGAACCUGGUGCCUGACACUCAGUACGAGCUGCAGGUGCGGACAUGGGCCGGGAGAGGCUCACACAGCGCAUGGAGCCCCUGGAGCCAGGCCCUGGCCUUCACAACCAGGCCUGAAGCCACCAGGAAGGAGUCCCUGCCUCUCAUUUGGGUCCUAGGCCCUGCCCUGGGCCUUGGGCUGGUCAGCGGCAUCAUCAUCUCUGUGUAUUUCUUGGUCAGCGCCAAUUGCCUCGGGCCUUGGCUGAAGAAAGUCCUGAGGUGCCGCGUUCCAGACCCGUCGGAGUUCUUCUCCCAGCUGAAAUCGGAGCACGGUGGGGACUUCCAGAAGUGGCUGUCCUCGCCCUUCCCCUCAUCCUCCUUCAACCCAGGGCCCCUGGCGCCUGAGAUCUCACCGCUGGAAGUGCUGGACAAGGACACAAAGGCCUCGCAGCUGCUCCUGCUGCAGCAGGACAAGGUGCCCCUACCCUCGCCUGUGCCCAGCGGCCACUCACAGACCAGCUGCUUCACCAACCAGGGCUACUUCUUCUUCCACCUCCCUGAUGCCCUGGAGAUCGAGGCCUGCCAGGUGUACUUCACCUAUGACCCUUGUGCUGAAGUGGAGCCUGAGGAGGGUGCGCCCUCAGGGUCCCCUCUCGCACCCCUGAUGCCCUUGUCACAGGGAGACGAUGCCUACUGCACCUUCCCCCCUGGGGAUGACCUACUGCUCUUCUCCAGCCUCCAUGGUAGCCCAAGUGUCCCCUGUGUUCUCCCUGGGGCCGCUGGAACCAGUGAAGAGAUGCUGUACCCCUCCCUACAGGAUGGGGCUCCCCAGGUUUGGGGUGCCCCAGCCCUGACAUCCCCUAUCCCAGUACCCCUGAGCCCAGUGGGUUUCCAGUUACCCCUGGAGCAGGCACUGGGGGUGACUGGGGAAGAGGUCCCUGCCCCAGGGCCUGAGGAUGGGGCUGAUUCCCCUUGGCAGGGCCUGGGCAGGACCCCUGCUUCCCCCUACACUGACACUGAUCCCUACCUGUCCCUCCAAGAACUCCAGGCUCAGGACCCAGCUCAGAUGAUGUAGACAGACAGCUAAGGGUGGGAGGCAGGAGGCUGCCUGAGGUGUAUCAGGCCUGAGGGCCCCCUCAAGGACCACCCAGUGCGGAGGACAGCUGCACCGAGAGGCCCCCCACCCACUUCCAAACCUCAAGGCUGCUCUGUGGCACCUCAUGCACCUCAGGGCCUGGGGUGGGAGAGGGAGGCCGGGUGCCCUCUGUCUCUUAUUACUGAGUCCCUGGAGCUGCCUCCCCAGCCCAGUCACCUAGGAUACCAAGCACCACCUCUGCCUCCCCUCAGGGCUUCCUCUUCAGGGCACCAGGGUGCACUUUCCACAGGUAAAUACAGCCCGUAAAUGUGGCCAUGCCCUUGCCUGCUCCAUGCCCAGCCUGGUUCGAAGGCCUUCAGCACAUCCUUAGCCUGCCACUUGCCAGUCCAUGUUGGGAUGGUCCCUUCUGAGACCCUCACAAGUAGCCUCAGCAGGCCCCUCAAAGCGGCCUUGUACCCCGCACCCUUGCAUUUGCUGUUGCCUGUACUGGGGCAACCCCACCUCCUCUGGGUGAGAGUCAGCCCUGGUCCUUCACAUGGCCAGGUCUGCUUCCCCCAAGGCAUCACUGCCAAAUUCAGUGCUGGAAGGGGACCCCUCACAGCCCACAGGGCGGUGGAGAAGGGUCUCUCUUGAUAUGGGAGUGUUUCACCCAGGAGCAGACAGAAAUCUCUAUGAUGGGGACCUUCUGGAGCUUUCCAUGGUGGCCUCACAGACUCACAAGGGAGUAAAACUGGGGUCCCUGGCAGCCUCUUCCUCCCAGCAAGGGGUCCCUAUCUUAGCUCUCACCCAAGGGCUUUUGCUCUCAUAGAUCCUCCUACUGCCUGCACACAGGCUGACAAGAGGCUGGUCCCUUCACAUUCAGUGCUCCAUUCCUACACGGCAGACGCUUCCCACCACCCCUCUGACCCAAUCCUUCUGUGCUUAGCUCUGUCUACAGUGAUCACCAUCCUGUGGAGACUCCCAGUCACAUCUGACUGGUUUGGGAAUAGCAGGGCUUGCAUUUAUAGGUCCCUCUUGCAGCUGAUUUGGCCUCUGACCACAAGCUCAUCCAUAGGCUGACCAGAAGCCUACGAGAAAGCUUGGCACAGAAAUGUGGUCCACUCAGGAAGACUAGGGAUAUACAGCCAAUCAGAUUAUCUCUCGGGCUCAGGCAUUUAACCCUGUGGAAAUGAGAGGAGGUAGGGGUGACAGAGCUCCCAAUGAGCGGAGAAUGAGGUGGGGGGUGACACAGAAAUUGCCACUGCCUGUACCUUACUGUCCUAAUCCUUGUCUUUAUGUUCAAAAUAAACUUUUUC